AUGUCUACGGGUUCCGACAUGCCGCAGGCCGCAUCCCCCUACCAGACCUCCAAACUGCGCACCCCAUCCAGCCCUAAGCCAACACUAAAAUCACCUCUAUCCACUUCAAACUCAACUUCCAACUUCAACACGGCCCGGUCAACUUCCGGUGGGCGCACUCCUGGUAGCCCUGACAAAUCUUUGCGCCGAACAAUUAGCAUCGCCUCAUUUCCUCAACCGCCAAAGGCCAGUAGCCGUCCAUCCACAGCAUCAUCGCUCUCUGGGAUCCAAGGUGCUACUUUCAGUGUGCGACCCCAAAGAAGCUCGCGAUUGAGUACAGGAACCACGAGCAGCUAUCGGAGCUCGAAAACUCCAUCACUACUUAACGGCAGUGGAGAGGUGAAAUUCAUAUCAAGCGGAGAUGCGCGAGAUCCAGAGGCGUCUCCAACUCACAGUAGAAGUUCGUCCGCCCAGGGAUCUUGCUCAACGAGUGCGACCACCUUUGAGGAUGCGGAUGAUCCGAUGGGAAAAUCAAUCUCUAAGCCAAAAGAAAUGAAGGGCAAUGUACUGGUCAGCGUGCGCGUUCGUCCCGACAACAACAGUGGAGGAGAGACUCCCCGAAAUCAUGGUGAAUGGUCCAUUGAUAGCCGGCAAAGCCUCAUCUCAUACCGUGGGAAAGAAGGAGGCGAUUACUUUUAUGAUAAUGUCUUUAAUCCGCAAGAAAACAACGCCAAAGUUUAUGAUUCGGCUGCCAAACGUCUUGUCCGGCGCGUCAUGGAGGGUUACCAUGGAACGGUCUUUGCAUAUGGCAUGACGGGAACCGGAAAGACUUUCUCUAUGCAGGGAACAGCAACUUCCCCUGGUGUCAUCCCGCUCGCAAUCACCGACAUCUUUUCCUUCAUCAGAGAGACGCCACAUCGGGAAUUCUUGCUGCGGGUCAGCUAUCUGGAAAUCUACAACGAGAAGAUUAACGACCUCCUUUCCGCCUCCGCUGCUAACGCCCCCGCGGGAGCUCAGCAAGAAGAAAUAAAAUUGAGAGAGGACAGCAAACGAGGAGUGUAUGCAACGCCACUCAAGGAAGAGAUUGUCCAGAGUCCAACGCAACUGCUCCGUGUGAUCGCUCGAGGCGACCAUGCACGACGAACGAGCAGCACGCAGUUCAAUGCACGGAGUUCUCGAAGUCACGCGGUGGUUCAAAUCGUGGUCGAGAGUCGAGAGCGAGUGCCCUCUGGCAGCGCCCAAGAUAAGCGCUCGGGGAUCGCCCCGGGUGGUGUGCGGGUAUCAACGUUGAGUCUGAUUGAUCUAGCUGGCUCUGAGCGUGCCGCUGAUGAUAAGGAACGCCGCACGGAAGGUGCUCAUAUCAACAAAAGUCUGCUCACUUUGGGCACCAUCAUCUCUCGGCUCUCGGAAAACAAAGAUAAACAAGGAAACCCUACGGACCGGGAUGGGAGACAUUUGCCUUACCGAGACAGCAAGUUGACCAGGCUCCUGCAACCAGCUUUGUCCGGUGGCUCGCUUGUGAGUAUUCUGUGCACCAUUCAACUCACAAGCGCGGUCAAUUCGCACACCGGGGAAACUCUGAACACCAUGAAAUUCGCUGCGCGGGCGAAGAACAAUAUUGUCAGUCAUGCCAAAAAGGCCGAGGAGGCUUACAGCGGUGGCGGCGGUGAUUCUGGAAGUCGGGUACUUCUUGAGCGUUAUCGCAUGGAGAUCCAGGCUCUUCGCAGUCAGCUUGACAUCCAGGCCAAAUCCCAGGCGGAGAAAGAACUUAAAUGGGACGAACAGCAGUAUGAAAAGGAAGCACAGGCCCGACACGAGGAACAGGUGCUGGAAAUGCAGUUGGCUCGGACUGCGCUCAAAGAGCGGAUUGAGCAUCUCAAUCGUCUGAUUUUGAGCUCCAAGUCCACCGGUGUAAACUACCAUAACAGCCUCUCUGCAUUUGGACGUCUCUCCCGCAUGUCUGCAACGGAUUCGGGUACGCGGUCACUACGUUCUUCCACAAGCCAAUCUACGUUGGGUGCUGGCCAUUCAUCGACUCGGCCCGUCUCGUUCGCAUCUGUCAACAGCAACGAGGACGAAUAUGAUAUUGGUGAAUUUGGCGAUGGUAAAGCCAGCUUGCAGCGCCAGGUCACUGCGCUGCAGGCUGAUCUCGGUGAUAAAAACCGUUAUAUCUCUACCCUUGAGCGCCGGCUGCUCCAGGCAAGACGGUCCAGCCACUCCCGAAUGUCAGGGGGUAUAAAGCCCGCAAAUCCCACAAUUGCGGAGCAUCCCGAUGUCUCGGCUUUAAUUCGCGAGAAAGAUAUGGAGAUCAAUGAGCUCCGGUUGCAGCUCGAUGAUAAAGAUCGUAUGCUUGCCGCGCUUCGAUCCGCAGCUCGGCAUCGAGACUUGGCUGCUGUGACCAAUGACUCGCAGUCACCAGAGCUGAAGAGCAAGAGUGGGUCUACUGCUGGGGAUGCAGACGGUUUUGUAGGAACCAAUGGCUUCAUUGCGCGGUCUGGGAGUCCAAGCAAGCGUCCCUUGUCUGGUGAAAGUGGAAGGGGGGAGGCGGGAAAGAAUAUGGACGAGGUCUCACGCAUGCUGGAGGAAAUGAUCCAGGGUCGAACAGAAAGUGGGCACCAUGCCAAGAACAGAAGCGUUGCUAGUGACAGCCAACGAGUGUCCUCAUCAGCGGAGGUGCCGAGUCCAAACCCAACUGCUCCCUUGUGGGAUCCGAACCUCAGCUCGCCAUUCCGAGGUUGA